AGGAUCCCAGGCCCCAGCGAACACAGUCACAGCAGACCAGCAAGGAGGCAGAGGGCAGGCGGCUGCAGGAAGGGCGGAGGCCAGCUCCAGCCGGGGAUAGACACAUUGCUGGGCAAGUGAACGUUACAGUACGUUCCUCUCUCUUCCAGGUGCCAUGGCCUCCACAAGCCGGGUCAAAGAGCUCCAAGAGGCUGUUCUCUGUUCCAUUUGCCUGGCUUAUUUUAACGAUCCGGUGAUUCUCAAGUGUGGACACAAUUUCUUCCGAGCCUGCAUCACUCAGUACUGCAAGGGGUCCAAAACCUCGCCCCACUAUCCCUGCCCCCAGUGCAGGGACCCCUUCCAGGAAGGGGAACUCCAGCCUAACCGGCAGCUGAGGGCCAUAGUUGAAAUAGCCCAAACCAUCCCGGACCUCUGAGGGAAGGAAGCGUGUGAAAAACACGAGGAGCUUUUGAAACUCUUCUGUGAAGUGGAUCAAACCCUCAUCUGUGUGGUGUGCAGAGAGUCCCGCCAUCACAAAGACCACCCCGUGCUUCCUCUCGAGGAGGCUGCUCUGGAUUACCAGGAAAAAAUUCAGAGCCGUUUGGAGAGUUUGAAAAAAGAGAGAGACGAGAUUCUGUCAGAUAAAUCAAGUGGGGAAAAUACAAGCCAGGAACUACUGGAACAGCUGGAAACUGAGAGGCAGAAGAUUGUGUCUGAAUUUCAGCGACUGCGUCAGUUUCUGGACGAACAAGAGCGACUCCUGCUGGCCCAGUUGGAAGAGCUGAAUAAGGAAAUUGAAAAGAGGAGGGAUGAGUAUGUUGGCAAACUAUCUGAGGAAAUAUCUUCUUUCAGUUCCCUGAUCAGUGAGAUGGAGCAGAAGUGCCAGCUGCCAGCGAGUGAAUUCCUGCAGGUGAGACGGUGUUAGAAACAGCCCAGAACCUUUCACGGGGCAAGAAAGUCCCAUAACCCUUCACUUUUGGAGUGUAGGAGUGUGUGACGUUCCCCUGGUGUUAUCUGGACCAGUGAUCUGCUAGGUCACUCCAAUCCUCGACUCUGGGAGCCAGCCUUGCCCUGCUCAGCUGUGAAAACCCCCACUCCUGGGCUGUUCACGCACAGUCUCUAUGGCACGUAAGCUGCUCUUUGGAUUGUGCAACCGAAUGACACUAGCCAACAUCUCCGGUCCCAGACACAACCCUAGGAACCUCCGUCUUGCAGUGUCCAGUUAUGCCCGCUGGACGCUGCAAGCUUAUAUGAGUUUGUCAAUUUAACAAAGAAAUUGAUAUGUACCAGGCUUGUUAUCCCAAGGGGAGUCUCUGACACGCUUCAGACUAAAUGCACUGCUUCAGGUAGAAUAAACAAACAGAUUUAUUAACUACAAAAGAUAGAUUUUAAGUGAUUAUAAGUCAAAGCAUAACAGGUCGGAUUUGGUCAAAUGAAACAAAAGCAAAAUGCAUUCUAAGCUGAUCUUAACACUUUCAGUGCCCUUAAAAACUUAGAUGCUUCUCACCACAGGCUGGCUGGUUGCCCCUCAGCCAGGCUCUCCCCUUUCAUCAUCACUUCAGUCUCUUGGUGGUGAUGUCUGUAGAUGUAGGUGGAAGAGAGACAGCAUGGCAAACGUCUCUCCCUUUUACCAUGUUCUUUAUUCCCUCCUGGCUUUGCCCCCCGCCCCUUCAGAGUCAAGUGAACAUUACAUCAUCGUAGUCCCAAAUUGACCAAAGGAAGGGGGGUGACUCACUUGAGAGUCCAACGGAUCCUUUGUUGCUGCCUAGGCCAGUGUCCUUUGUUCCUGUGAGGCUGGUCUGGGUUUGUCCCAUACAUGCCCUGAAGAGGUGUGAACUGCCCCUCUGCUCCUGGAGAGUUUUGCCUAGGCUUGUUUUAAGCCAUGAGGACACAUUUUCAGCCUCAUAACUAUAUACAUGAAAUUACAACCUAUAACAUCACUAUAACAACAAUGCUCAGCACAUCAUGAGCCUUCUGAAGACACCCGACAUGACAAACUUUGCACUGGAUACCACACAAUCAUAUUAUAAGGAUGAACAUGGGCGUGGAGGGUGUUUCCCGACGUACAGAGCGUCACAGAGUGAAAGGUCAGAACAUACAGUAUUGCUAAAAUAUACAUUAUUUUUCUUUAAGGGCUUGAGAAAAUGCCCAUUAAAGUCAAUUGAAAUAUACUUCUGGGGUACAAUGGGCAUAGGAUCAAGUCCUAAAUGAAAAAAAUUCUUCAUUUGAAUUCUAGUUAGAGAAGGCUCCUCCAAAAAUGGCAAACUCCGAAUUCUGUUCUCCCUGUCUCAUAAUGCAAGAACAAUGGAACAUUCAAUAAAAUUAGAAGGUGACUAAUUCAAAACGGAUCCAAUGAUGUUUUUUCACACACCACAUAAUUAGACUGUGGAACUGAUUGCCACCGGAUGUUGUUGAGACCAAGCAUUUAGCAAAGCUCAAAAAGUGACCAGAUAUUUAUAUGGAUAACAAGAAUACCCAGAGUGAUGUUAAACCUCAUGCUUCAUUGCUUCAGCCAGCCGCUAACUGUUAGAGAGCAGGAUGAGAAUGUGGGAGACAGAUUAUCUUACACCUUCCUCUGAAGCAUCUGGCACUUUCCACCUUUGAAGACAGAAUACUGACCAGAUGGACCUCAGGUCUGAGCCAGUCUGGCAUUUCCUGUGUUCCAAACACUGACUCCAAAAGAUUAAAGAUGGAACCAGUCUUUAAUUAUGGAAAUAGUUAAGAUUGAAGCUGAGUUUCCGUUUAAAGCCUGAUUUUGCCACUUUUCCUACAUAUCACAAAAAGGGAAAAUAUUGGCCUUAAAACUGAUACAUGAGGUCUGAGGCUGUGUUGAUUUUUCUCUGCCAGAACUGAAGUUAGCGAGGGAAGCUGUUCAUUACUUAUGGCAGCCUGAAAGUGUAAGUAGUCGUUAGAAUUCCAAAAGCCUUCUGAUGAUUUUAAUUUUCAAAAAAUGCCUCUAAGUAGCAAAUAAGAAAAAAGGUGAGAAAUCAAACGUAGCGUCUUGGACUUCUCCAGCUGAUAUGUAAGGUCAAAUUCUCUGUUGCGACCAGUAUCUGCUGUGGGCAGCUUUCUUCACUCCUCAGGUUUCCUGCAUUGAACCUGGGGUGUAGGAUAGUGAAUGGCCCUGUGUUACUCUGUACCCCACACCCAUUGUUCUCACCCAGCCCCACCUUUCUGUGGAUGUCAAGAAGCCCACAGGACAGGACUUCAGAAUGUUUGUGGGUGAAUGGGGAGAGAGUUUAUAGCAAGGGUUCAGCACAGCAUGGGGGCAUCCCUCCCUCUGGACCCACUGGAGUCUGCAGUUGGGGGAUCUUCCCCAAACCCGUGAGUGUUCGGAAGAUCCUUGUUCAGCAGGAGAGUGAGUUUGUGUGUGUGGUUUUUGGGAGGGGGGUGAGGGGGUGAGAGAACCUGGAUUUGUGCAGGAAAUGGCCCAACUUGAUUAUCAUGCACAUUGUGUAAAGAGUUGUCACUUUGGAUGGGCUAGCACCAGCAGGAGAGUGAAUUUGUGUGGGGGGGUGGAGGGUGAGAAAACCUGGAUUUGUGCUGGAAAUGGCCCAACCUGAUGAUCACUUUAGAUAAGCUAUUACCAGCAGGACAGUGGGGUGGGAGGAGGUAUUGUUUCAUAUUCUCUGUGUGUAUAUAAAGUCUGCUGCAGUUUCCACGGUAUGCAUCCGAUGAAGUGAGCUGUAGCUCACGAAAGCUCAUGCUCAAAUAAAUUGGUUAGUCUCUAAGGUGCCACAAGUCCUCCUUUUCUUUUUGCGAAUACAGACUAACACGGCUGUUACUCUGAAACCUG